AGUAAAAAGUUAAAUACAUGAAGCUGCAUGUUCUAUGCCUUUCUUAAUCAAAGAAUAUAUAUAUGAUCAUGCACUUUCCCAGCUCUGUCAUCCACACCUCGGCUCUCUGACCUAACGGUCACUGACCUGAUACCUCGAAGCCGUGUCACAAUUAUGGUGUCAUCAUAAAAGUUUAUAGUAGGGUGUGUGUGUUUGUGGUGGGAUGGAACCAAGGUGGAGGGAGUCAUGGGAGAGUGUGUAUUUAAAGACAGGGCACAUGUCAUCCUCCACCUGUCUGCUGGGCUGUCAUCCUGCCGCAUCUCACGCUCUACACACACACACACACACCACUGUGCGUUCAUCAUGGCCUUCAGUGGCAAGUAUGAGGUUGAGAGCCAGGAGAAUUACGACGACUUCCUCAAGCUGAUUGGCUUUCCUGAGGACGUCAUCGAGAAGGGACGCGAUUUCAAGAUCAUAACGGAGGUUGCGCAGAACGGCAACGAGUUCACCUGGUCCCAGGUGUACCCCACCAAGACCAUGACCAACAAGUUCGUCAUCGACCAGGAGUGCGAGAUGGAAACCAUGGCGGGCAAGAAGUUCAAGGCCACCGUCACCAUGGAGGAUGGUAAACUGUCGGUGAGAUUCCCCAACUACCACCACACGGUGGAGAUCUGCGGAGGCAAGCUGAUCGAGUGUUCCACAGCCAGCGGAGCGAAGGGCGCCGUGACGAUGAAGAAAAUCAGCAAGAGGAUUUCAUAAAACCGGAACAUCCGACUGCAACUGCUCACCUCCCUCUGCUUAAUAAACG